CUUUAUUUUCCUUUUCCCUCUUCAAUUCUUCAAUGGACUAUGGCUGGUACAAUUCCAGCAUAUUUCUUUUCACAAACAGAUGAACUUCAACACUUUCCGAUGGUUCAAUGAUGAGAGGCAUAAGAUGAUUUCGAGUUCAGAAAACGCAGAUUCUCCGACAAGACACGACAACGACAACAACAGGAAUGAAAGCAAGAUGAUCAACAAAGCUCCAUCGAGUUCGUCAGCGCCGCGGUCGCCAUGGUUGAGAUUGAAAGAUCCGAGGAUCGUACGUGUUUCGCGUGCUUUUGGAGGAAAAGACAGGCACAGCAAAGUUUACACCUUACGAGGAUUGAGAGACCGAAGGGUAAGGCUGUCGGUUCCCACUGCAAUUCAAUUGUAUGGUCUUCAAGACAGGCUUGGACUUAAUCAACCUAGCAAGGUCGUUGAUUGGUUGCUUGAUGCUGCUAAGAACGAUAUCGACGAACUCCCACCCUUGCUGGUGCUGCCGCCGGCCUGUUUUCUGAAUUCUGAAGCCUUUUCGAGGGCUAAACCGAAAGAAAUCUCUAGGGUUUCAAUUGGUGAUAAACGAGAAAAAUGUAGACCAAAUGAAGAUGAUCAUGGUGCACAAACUUUAAACAAUGCCGAACCAUCGUCUCAUUCAUAUCACCAUUUGGAGCCUUCGAGUUUUCCUUCAUCAUCAUCAUCACAUUUAGGAAGUCAUGGAUUCAUAGUACAUGCACCCCAUUCAGAAGAAGCACAUAAUUUCAAUGCUGUGGUGCCGCCAUUGCCAUCCGCAUUAUCUCUUUGUCCACCGCCGCUAGGAGGGGGAGCGCUGCCUUCGUUCCCGCCUCAUCCGGUGGAUCCUAGACAACAAAUAAACCAUUUUCAGAUGCUGAGCUCAGGUGCACAACAACAAAGCCUCUUACUUAAUUCUCUCAACUUUCCACCGUUUUCAUCGGUAACCCAAUCUAUUACACCUUUCCAAUUGAUUUCUCCUAGGUUUCUUCAUAGCCAACCAGAUAAGGAACAUAAUUUUCCUUCUAAAUGA